AUGAGAGAGUGCUCAUCGCGCAUCAAUACGCGUCUGCCUAGUGGAAUAAUCGUUAUCGAUCAAAGGCUCAGAAUCGACACUUGUCGAUACUUAAUCGAGAUCCUCUCGCGUCGCAUCACGGGCGACUAACUGUGUUGGUUAGACCUGUUCCCACAUCUAUGGAGUUUCAUCUAGACAGUGCAGAAUACUGCCAGGCACAGCACAAAUAAAAAGUAAUCAACUCUCAAACAAGGCGGUGAUAGCCUGAGUGAACACGGUCACCUCUUCGGAAGUCGACGUCGAUAAGUUGGUGCAUCUGCUCAGCUGGAUACCUCCAACGGAUUAGCUGAUAUUGCGACAUCAACGGGCCUCAGUAGCCAAUCUGUGCAGGAGAUACAUUGAAGGAGAACACAUUUUUAGCAUCGCGGAGAUCGCAGAUCAUAUCACAGCAGGGACAUAUUUUUAUUUAUCGCAACAAAGCUGAAAGGAAAUUGUAACAAAAUUAACAUUUAUUCUAAAAUCCAAUCAUUUUCGAUAGAAAAACGAGUGCUUAACUUAACAGGGAAUCAUUUUGUGAGUGUGCGAGGAAGAAAUCGUCGAAGGAAAUUGAUUGAUUUUCUUUGUGAUAGAAGAAAAAUCCAAAAUUGUACUUAAUUAUUAAAAAGAAUACCUAAUUUCGUCAUAAGGAAUAGAAUUUAGUUUUGUGUGUGUUUGAUGUGAACAAUUUAGGCGUACUAAGCUAAAGCAGAGUUUAUUAUAAUUCUAUUUAUUUUGUAUACAUAACUCGGAACUAAACGAAGGAAACCCAAUUGUAAGAUUCUAACACGCUGAAUUUUUAAAUCUAGAAAUCGAAUUACUUCCGUAAAAAGAACAACCUAAACAACAAACAACACCCAUUAAGGCUAACAAAAUUUUGUGAAAACCACACGUUAAAUUUGAAAGAAGAACUACACUUAAUUUAAGUGCACACACCGCCGAGUCAGAUUAACUC